GUAUACAGUUGAAAAUACGUAAUAAACUAUUUAAACACAAUUUUUACCUAAACUUGCAGUGCUUUUUUAUAAUUGCUGACUUUUUUUACUUGUCCGUAUAAUAUUUAUUUAGUAUAUUAUGAAAUUUGGUCAUCACCUAAAAACUUCUCUUUAUCCUGAAUGGACUUUCUACUAUUUAAGCUACGAUGAGCUAAAACGAGAGCUAAAAACUCGAACUCGUGGUAAUCAAUGGAGUGAAGAAGACGAAACCAUUUUCUUUGAAUUACUCGAGAAAGAACUCGAAAAAGUAUUUACUUUCCAAGACGUUAAGUCUGGGGAGAUAAAUAGGAGAAUUCAAAAUUGUGAGAAGGAAAUUCAUGACAUAAUGGAAGCAAAUUCUGCAAACGAGGAUGAUUUUCUUGCGAUUGAAGAAGAAUUAUCCAUGAUAAUCGCUGACGUUCAUGACCUUGCCAAGUUUACCCGUUUGAAUUAUACGGGUUUCUUAAAGAUUAUUAAGAAACAUGAUAAACAAACUAGAUGGGUUUUAAAGCCCAUGUUUAUGGCACGGUUGAAUGCAAAACCAUUUUAUAAAGAAAAUUAUGACGCGUUAAUCGUAAAAUUAUCACGUAAUUAUGAUAUUGUUCGUACUCGUGGGAAUCCGGUUAAGGGUAACGCCGCUGCCGGUGGCCAACAACAAAAUUUUGUUCGUAAUACCACAAAAUAUUGGGUUCAUCCGGAUAACAUUACAGAGUUAAAACUUCUUAUUCUUAAACACCUUCCGGUAUUAGUAUUUAAUCCUAAUAAGGAAUUUGAACCAGCUGAUUCCGCUAUCACUUCAAUUUAUUUUGAUAAUGAUAGUUUCGAUCUUUAUCUUGGCCGAUUGGAAAAGUCCGAGGGGGCUGAAGCCAUUCGAUUAAGAUGGUAUGGAGGGAUGGACAACAACGAAAUCUUCGUUGAACGUAAAACACACCGAGAGGAUUGGACCGGCGAAAAAUCUGUGAAGGCGCGUUUCGGCAUUAAGGAAAAAGAUGUGAACAAGUAUCUACGUGGAGAAUAUAAAAAGACAUUUGAAAAAUUGAAACAAAAAGGAAAGGGUGAUAAAGAAAUUGAAAGUCUUGAACAAUUAGCUUCUGAAGUGCAAUAUCGUGUCCUUACCAAAAAAUUAAGACCAGUCGUUCGAAGUUUUUAUAACCGUACUGCUUUUCAAUUACCUGGUGAUGCUCGUGUUCGUAUUUCACUUGAUACGGAGCUAAGUAUGAUACGUGAAGAUAAUUUCGAAAAUAAUCCGAGACUUCGAUCCGGUAAUAACUGGCGUCGAAUGGAUAUUGGGAUAGAUUAUCCAUUUUCAAAGUUACCUGAUGGAGAGAUUGAAAGAUUCCCUUAUGCAAUUCUGGAAGUUAAGUUACAGACUCAGUACGGCCAAGAGCCACCCGAAUGGGUUCAAGAAUUAGUGCAAAGUCAUUUGGUUGAAGCUGUUCCAAAAUUCUCAAAAUUUAUUCAUGGUGUCGCAACACUUAUGGAUAGCCGUCAAAUCCCACUUUUUCCUUUCUGGCUUCCACAAAUGGAUAUUGAUAUUCGCAAACCUCCAAGUAAUUUUAGACUUGAACGUCCUUCUGCAAGUAAUCCAACUACACCAGCCAAUGAAAGGGGUAAUCCGUUUUCUGGAACUGAGGAUAUCGAAGUUCUAGUUGAUAGUCUAGAAGAUGACGAAGAUGAGGAAGAUGCAUCUGAAAAUACACCAUUACUAAGUGAAUCAAGCCAAAAUACAAAUACCCAACUACGAAGUACACCGCAUAUUUCUUCACUUGAAGAACUAGAAGAAUAUUUAGCGACAGUUACACCUGCUGGGAAGGUUCCUAAAACUUACCAUGGGAAAAAAAUUGCCAUUCCUGUGCGUGUUGAACCUAAAGUAUUUUUUGCCAAUGAAAGGACUUUCUUGUCUUGGCUCAAUUUCAGUGUGGUCCUGGGCGGCUUUGCAAUUGGAUUAUUGAAUUUUGGUGAUAAAAUUACCGUUACCGCAGCUUCUUUUUUGGUUUUUGUCACAAUGAUGGUCAUGUUAUACGCCCUUGGGACUUAUCUUUGGCGUGUUAAAAAGAUUAGAAAAAGAGAAUCUGGGCCGUAUGAGGAUAGAUACGGUCCCACAUUCAUUUGCAUAAUGUUGUUAAUUUCUGUAACUAUCAACUUUUGGUUACGAUUACAUGAGAAAUCCUAAAAUUUUUGUAAUAUUAUAUCACAUCAAACCCUUUUAUCACAUAUUCUAUCAUAAGACUGUGUGUUAAAAAAUAUGGCGAGAAUUUAAAUCUGAUUGGUUAUUAGGUUAAUUUAAAAGUAUUCUUCUACAUAUAGCACAGAUUAGAUUUUUUAUUUAGCAGAAUUCAGAGAAUGAAUUACAAAAAGGGUAGAGUAACCGGUUAUUGACAGUGUUGCUUUGUAAGGAUAUAGUAUUAUUGUACAAAAGAAAACCCGCCAUUAUUUUAUUGUUUUAUUGUAACAUAAAAAAUCAUACUUUAUGAUUGUACAGAAUAGAAUAUAACGCGAGUGACACGUUUAGAUUCGUGCAAGAUAUAAAAAAAAUAAAGUUUUUUUAUGUUGCACUAUACUUAUUAAUCAGACUUACGCCAAUUGACGGAAUUACUUUUCUCAAAGGACGUCAAAAAAAUUAAAAAUUGUUU